AUGGAAGACGACUUUAUCCUAGUUCCAAGACCUGGCGAUCCCGAAUACGCGCCCACAACCACACAAGAAGUCGACUACCUCGACGAUGUGGACGAAUUCAUCCGGGCCCUGGAGCCUCUGCUCUGGCCGCUGAACACCUUUAUCCACGAAAACCCGGAGCUCGCUUACAACGAGUACAAGGCGCACGAUGCCCUGACCAACUUCAUGAGGGCCCGGAAGGGCUGGAAGGUCACGCCAUCUGCUUAUGGCAUGGAAACGGCGUGGACGGCUGAGUAUGACACUGGCAGGCCCGGCCCCGUCAUUGCUUUCAACGCCGAGAUGGAUGCCCUCCCCAGCCUCGGCCACGCCUGCGGCCACAACCUCAUCGCCAUGGUCUCCCUGGCAGCAGGUCUCGCGACAGCCCAGACGCUCCACCGGCACAACCUCGCAGGCAAAGUCCUCCUCAUCGGCACGCCGGCCGAAGAAGGCGGCGCCGGCGGCAAGAUACGUUGCCUCCGCGCAGGCGCCUACAAGCACGUCGACGCAGCCCUCAUCUCGCACCCGGGCAUCCUCAACACAGCGCCCUCGGCCAUGCGCGUGGCGAGGGCCAUGGCGGGCACGGCGGUCGACGUGUUUGCGACGCCGGGGCUCGUGCGGGAGGUCAGGGAGCAGUGGCGGCGCGACAUGAGGGAGGCGGCGGCGGCGGAUCUUGUCUGA